CCAGGACUCGGAGCCUGCAUGCGGCCCACUCCAACAUUCAAGCUCCAUGGCACCCAGAAAGCGGACGCAGCAGUGCCUACUAGAUGAGCAUAGGUGCUUGCACCUCCAUGGCACCAAUGGCAAAGGCACCUCUGACAGCCCUUUGUCUGAUUUGUAGCGGACACCGUAUGCCUCUGAGACUGUGAAGAAGAUCAAUCUGCUGCAGUAGAUCAUUGGGCGACUCAUCUGGUAGUUAUAAGGGGGGGGCUUUGCCACAAUGCUGCAUUAGGUUGCCACUUGCGCUGCGACAACCUUGAGCUCUGCUAUAGAUCCGUUCAGUAAAGUAGCCUUCAAGCGCAGUUGGUCGGAGAUGGCUUCCGGCGCUUUGGUUGCAGUGGGGUGCGUCCUGGUGGUGCUCUCUGGCAUUGCCCUGAGCUUCCAGACUGGUGUGAAUUCUUCUUUGGGCAGAGUCUCUGGCAAGUCGUUUGCCAGUGUGGUGUCGUUCACAGUGGGGUUGGUGGCGCUGCUCAUCUUCUUUGUCAUUGACACAUACGCGAUUGGGGCAAAAGGCCCCACAGCAGGGAGGAUAAAAGCGGUGCCUUGGUGGGGUUGGCUGGGGGGCCUCCUCGGCGCUUUCUAUGUUGUGUGCACUAUCUUCUUUGCGCAGAUCUUGGGCGCUGGAGUCCUCACUUCCAUCUUUGUCACGAGCCAGCUCAUUACGUCUAUUUUGCUUGAUUACUAUGGAAUAGUUGGUUUCGAGAAGAGGAAGCUGAGGUGGGAAAGGAUACUGGGGGCGUGCUUUCUUGUUGUCGGUGUGCUGUUGAUCUCGUUGUUUCGUGGGGACCUUCAAGAGGUUACGCCGAGCGGGGUACCAGAUGCGUCAAAUGGGCCCGAAAGCCCGGCGCCAAGCGGCUAUCCGGGGCCGGCAGGCAAAGUGUCGAUCGACAUGUCAGGAGCUUACCUGCAGAGACGGACACCUCCAACCAGUAAUAUUGAGUUGCAAGAUCCUGGCGUCGGAGGUUAGUUAGCAGGUAAUGAUAUUGAUUCUAGCUUUGCACGCGCGCGCCUGCUUCGAUUGGCAAGCUUUUAUUCAUUCUUUCGGUGCUAGAUUUUCAUUCGCCC